UCAUUUCCUUCCAUCCUUUGAUUCUUUUUGCUCAUUCAUUUUCCCUUCCAAAUCCUCAAUUGCAUUCCUAUUCAUUUUUAUUAAACCCGAUUUUACCUAAAUCAUGGGGCUUCAGAUCUACGACAUUGUGUCGUUUGUCUUCUCCAUCCUCCUCGCUAUCUUCUUCCGGGAGAUUCGACCAAGCGGUGUUCAUCGGGUCCCAAAGAAGGGUCCUGUGAUUUUCGUUGCUGCACCUCAUGCCAACCAGUUUGUCGAUCCACUCGUGUUAAUGAAGGAAUGUGGUCGACGUGUCUCGUUUCUUGCAGCCAAAAAGUCAAUGGAUCGUCCGUGGAUCGGUGCUUUCGCCCGUUCGAUGAAUGCAAUUCCUGUGGAGCGCCCUCAGGAUGUAGCUAAAGCUGGUUCAGGGACCAUCAAAUUGCAAGAUCGGUAUGGUGAUCCACUUCGUAUUACAGGUGUCGGCACCAAAUUUACCAAAGAGCUCUUGGUCGGAGAUACAAUCCAACUUCCAAAGGACGUUGGAUCUUCUGCCGUUGCGGAAAUCAUCUCUGAUACCGAGUUAGUCCUUAAAAAAGAAAUUAAGGAACUUAAAGCACUGGAGCUACUGACUAGUGAGGAUGGAUCCAAGUACAAAUGCCUUCCCCACAUGGAUCAGACCAAAGUCUACAAGACAGUUUUUGAUAAAUUAAAUGCAGGACAUUGCGUUGGCAUCUUUCCUGAAGGAGGUUCACAUGAUCGUGCCGAGAUGCUGCCAUUGAAAGCUGGAGUGACCAUUAUGGCAUUGGGUGCCUUGGAUGCUAACCCGUCCCUUGACCUCAAAAUCAUCUGCUGUGGCCUUAACUAUUUUCAUCCGCACCGUUUCCGAUCUCGUGCAGUUGUUGAGUUUGGCGAGCCCAUCACAGUCCCACCAGAGUUGGUGGAGAUGUACAGGAAGGGUGGCCCUGAUAAGCGCAAAGCCUGUGGAAAGUUGCUUGACACAGUCUAUGAAGGCCUCCGUGAGGUCACUUUGAAUGCACCGGAUUACGAGACACUGAUGGUUGUCCAAGCAGCUCGUCGUUUGUAUAAACCCCCCCAUCAAAAGCUUCAGCUUUCACAAAUCGUGGAAUUGAAUCGUCGAUUUGUAGCCGGAUUCCUGCAUUUCAAGGACAAUCCAAAGGUGCUUGAAGUUAGAAACAAAGUUGUCCACUACAAUACGCAGCUGCGCUAUCAUGGGUUGCGGGAUCACCAGGUCGGCAAACAUAGAACAAGGAGAGAAGCCUUUAUGCUUUUGCUUUCAAGGGUUAUUCAGAUGGUCUUUUUGAGCUGCCUUGCGCUUCCGGGGGCUUUAAUGAAUCUUCCAAUAGCUAUCGUUGCUCGUGUCAUCAGUGAAAAGAAAGCGAGAGAGGCGCUGGCUGCAUCGACUGUCAAGAUCGCCGGAAGGGAUGUUUUAGCUACAUGGAAACUGCUCGUCGCACUUGGACUGGCACCGGUCCUAUAUUUUUUGUAUGCAGUCAUCAUUUUAAUCUACUCUGGUCGAUUCGAGCUCCCACUCAAGACACGCUUUUUGAUCAGCUGGGCUGCCUGGGCGUUUAUUCCCUUCGUGACCUAUGCUAGUAUUCGAUUUGGUGAGCAGGGCCUUGAUAUUUUCCAAUCGAUCCGCCCAUUGUUCCUCUAUGUUUUAGGCGAGGAGGAUGUAGUGAAUGAUCUUCGUAAGGCUCGUGCAGAACUGCAAAAAACCAUCAACGAGUUAAUCAACGAGCUUGCGCCUGAGAUUUUCCCUGAUUUCGACUCGUUCCGUAUCCUGGACCCCAAAACAGCAGAGCAGUCAGACCAGCCAAGUCAGCCAAGUCAGCCAAGUCAGCCCGCUUCAAGCGCUGGUCUUACUCAAACUAUCCUUGACACUGCAGUACAGCCAAUUUCGAAAUGGUUGGGCAGUGAUGGUCGAUUUGAAUGGGAGCGUACGGAGGAUUCAGAUGCGGAUGAUGUUUUCUUCUUCCUUAAACCUGGAGGAGGCAUCCGUGGACGAUCCAGAGUCUCGUCCUGGAGAGGAGAAGGGGCACAUACACCCUCUGAUAAAAAUGAGUCAACUAGAUCGCGAUCUACAAGCCGUAGCAGGACUAGCAGCUUUACAUCAGGGCAACUAGGUGAAGGCUUCAAAUUGGAGGCUAUGACGGGUCUUCCUAGAGACAAGCCUUUCGCCGAAGUCUCACGCCGACUCGGUGUCGAGCGAAAGCAAUGAUGUGGGCAUUGAAGGCGUGAUAACGCAGAAGUAAAGGAAUAUUGUGGGCUUCGUCUUAUUGUCAAUAGUAAGAUCAUCGCCUUUCAUCAUACCAGAAUCUUCAAUAGUCAACUACAAAUGAAGUUAUCCAGAUUUCACUACAAA